AUGGAGGACGUGAAGCUGGAGUUCCCCUCGCUCCCACAGUGCAAAGAAGACGCCGAGUGGACCUACCCUAUGAGACGAGAGAUGCAGGAAAUUUUGCCUGGAUUAUUUUUAGGCCCAUAUUCUUCUGCCAUGAAAAGCAAGCUACCUAUACUACAGAAACAGGGAAUAACUCAUAUAAUAUGUAUAAGACAAAAUAUUGAAGCAAACUUUAUUAAACCCAACUUUCAACAAUUAUUCAGAUAUUUAGUCUUGGAUUUUGCAGAUAAUCCAGUUGAAAAUAUAAUACGUUUUUUCCCCAUGACUAAAGAAUUUAUUGAUGGGAGCUUACAAAGUGGAGGAAAAGUUCUUGUCCGUGGGAAUGCAGGGAUCUCCAGGAGAGAUGCAUUUGCUUACAUUCAAGAAAGAAGAUUUUGUAUUAAUCUUAAUGCUGGAUUUGUCCAUCAGCUUCAGGAAUGUGAAGCCAUCUACCUAGCGAAAUUAACAAUACAGAUGAUGUCACCACUUCAGACAGAAAGGUCGUUAUCUGUUCAUUCUGGCACCACAGGCAGUUUGAAGAGAACACAUGAAGAAGAAGAUGAUUUUGGAAACAUGCAAGUGGCGACUGCGCAGAAUGGCUGAUUCAAGAGCAACAGUAUAGAGGAUGUGAAUUUCUAUUUGGGAAGGAGAAAAUACUA